AUGAAUGCAUUUUUUGAUAAUUAUGUGCACUCAAGAAGCACGCUGAAUGAAUUUGUUGACCAAUUUGAAAAUGCUUUGAGGAGAAAGGCUGAGAAUGAGAAAGUAGCUUAUUUCAAUUAUUUUAAUGCCAUCAUUCCCUGUGUAUCUCAUUUUUCUAUUGAGAAGAAAUUUCAAGAACUUUAUACCAAUGCAAAGUUCAAAGAAGUUCGUCAGAAGUUUAGUUGCUUGAUGUAUUGUAAUUGCUCUCUUAUUAAAAGUGAAGGUGCAAUUUCUACCUACGAAGUAUCUGAUGAGGUAACAGUUGAUGAUUACACAAAAGAGCGGAAUUUUUGUGUUUACUUUAAUGGAGAUGAAUGUGAAGUUAAAUGCACUUGUGGGUUGUUUGAAUGUAGAGGAAUCUUGUGUAGGCAUGCCCUUGCUGUACUGACAUUAAAGAAAGUGAAAUCUUUGCCCACAAAAUAUUUUCUUGACCGAUGGAGGAAGGAUUUGAAGCGCGCAUAUACUCUUGUUGAGAGUAGUUAUAAUGUCUUCAGUUGCAACCCUGAUGCCCAAAGAUAUGAUUGCUUGUUGAAAAAAUGUAGUGAAUUAGCAACGCUUACAUCAACCAGUGAGGACCAUUACAUGGAUGUCAUGCGUUGUAUAGACAUGUUGCUAGCGAAAUACAAGUGCUCAAGGUAUGAACCCAGUCCACCCUCCCAUGAUAUUCCAUGCGCAUCUUCCAAAAGUAAUGAAGCCAUUGAUGGUGUAGUAGUGAAAAGUACCAAGGCUUGCCAAGGAAUUCAAGAAAGGGAAUUUAACACAAAUGAAGCUCCAUUGGCUUCAAUAACUGAUACUCAAUAUGAUCGCAUAAUUGGAACGCAGGAAACUGCUUUUAUUAAGGAUACGGGUUUCAACCUAUUUGAAUAG